CAAGGACGAAAUAAAAAAAGACGAGCUCAUAACUUCAUACACCAGUAUCCUCUGUCAUGAUUUUUUCCAAAGUGAAGGGAACCUCAGUAGCUGCGACUGGAUUCAAUCAACAAAUCAUCGAAUUAUCCCCUGAAGAGGAAGAAGAUAUCAAAGCAUGCCAUCAAAAACCCUCAGCAUCUACCCAGUCUUCCAGCACUACAAUCAACUCCUCGGAAGAGGAGGUUUUCGCAAGUUUGAUAUUUGCUAUACCUCUGCCUAAACCAACAGACGAUUACUACCUGCCUGAUAAUCCAACGGCACCGCUUCUCCUCUAUACAUUACCCCGAUCCGUCUACGAAAAACCGCCCAAAAACUCCGAAACUGACAAAAGGCCAAGGGAGAAAAUAGUUAAGAAGAUCCAGAGAAGUUGGCAGAAAUCAAUUCAGCAAGCUGAAGAUAUCAAACGGGGAGAUUAUCCACGUCCGACCUGGAUGAAAAAAUUUAUUGGUGGGGCUUUUUGGUUUAUGGCGGCUUGUUUGAGGUUCAUCACCAUCAGUGAUGCACAGAUGUUAGCUCGAUUGCCACCGCUAAGAAAGAUUGGUCCAAUACAAAUUCUUUAUUCAAAGACUUCAUUUGUCUCGGAUAAGUCCCACAUGCUGCAGAAAACCAAACCAGUAUCCCUCACAGACGAUCAAGCAAGAAAAAGUAUCAUGAAUGCUUUGUCACAGGCCAGGAAACAAGCUAAGAUACGUGCUAUCAUUUCUGGCUGUUUGCUACCUGCGGCCUUAGCAGCUGAGAUUUAUGUGCCGCUAGUUUUCGAAAUUACCUUGGUUUUCUUUGUAGUUCAAUGGCGAAGUUGGAAAAAAGCCAAAUUUUUGGUUGAACGCAAUAAUGAUCAAGCAAUUCAACCCACACGAACCCCGAAUGACUUAGAAACGGGAAACCCCGUCGUGACGAAAUCAUCGCGUGAUAAACUUGAACUUCAAGUCGGAGAAGUUGCGAAAUUCCAGAAGCUCAAUGAGCUCAUUUACCGAAGUUGUUCUAAACACGACCCCCUGAAGUUUCCAUGCCUCAAAGAGAACACACCAAGCGUGGAGGCUUUCACAAGACAAGACAUCGUAAUCGACUGUACCGCCGUUCACCAAUGUACGCGCGACACAAAGGACAAUAGUCAAUCUACGGUGAUCAAGCCUGUUUCUGUUCCAGACCGCAAAGCUGAGUUAGAGUCAGUACCAAUCAUUAUCAAUACGGGCAUCUUGAGCACAGCUAAAAUCGAGAAGGACAUCCCGAGUAAAACUAAAUCAAGUUUUGACGGAAUAGUGAUCACGAUACCUGCUUCGGAUGAAGAUAAUGAAGCUGACUGUGGCCUAGGCGGAGAAACAGAAAAACGCGCCCCGCAUUCCCGACGGGGCGCCGACGUUGUUGUCAACAAAGAGCUUGCCAAAAUUGAACCAACCCUCGUUGCAGCAACUUCAGUACCGUCCAACACUAGAUCAAGCUCCAGUGUAGCGAUAUCAGCGCCGCCUGGCGUAGCUAAGGCAAUGCCUCCAGAGCUUCAUAGAGGUCAAAAAAUCACAACCCGUUUCGACACGAAUCAAGCACCCACUAGUCCAGUUCCGACGAGCGAAAUCGCUCGGCCAACGCUUCCUUCAGGCAAUCAAAGCCAUCAGCCCAAAGCAGUGCCUCAUACCGAAAUCGCAUCACUCCUGAUCAAAACAUUUCAAGAAUAUUUACCCGUCAACAUACAUGCUCGGCACGAGUUCAACGAAAGGAGAAUUGCUGAAGACUUUAAUAGAUUCGUCAAUAGACGUACAAAAGAGUAUGUUAAGACACUUAAGAAGAAAAAGAAGUGAAGCAUUCACUUGCCCAGCCAGCCUUGUACUGAAAAUAUACUUCUUUCACAUCAAGUGACCCUUUA